AUGACUCAACAACAAAUAAUAGACUUCGCAAACAAUUACCAACUUGAUAUACUAGGCCUAACAGAAACUCAACACUCUCCACACAACCAAUUCCACAUACUAAAAAAUAACCUUAACCAAAACCCAAAUGAUAAAGAAUUCACAUACUACUGGACAAAAGGUUCAGAAACACACAAUCAUGGAGUAGGAAUUAUGGUGGAAAAACAACUCAACAAACACGUAACUUCAAUCCAGACAUUUGAAAACCAUGCAAUAACAUUAGACAUGGUAUUUAAACGAAAAAUUAAAGUAAAAAUCAUAACAAUAUACUUCCUGCCAGCAAACAGACCAGCUAACCUAGUAUUACGUACAAGACUGAUGGAAUGGAUUAAGACAAUAACAAAAAAGUUUAACUCGACCGAUACCAAUAGAAUCAUAAUACUAGGAGAUUUUAACAGUGUAAAAGAUCCAACUAUAGACAGAUCUGCAACAUCUAAAUACAGAUCAAACAAAAUGGAAGGUCCUCUGCUCAAAUAUCUUACAAACAAAAAUUAUAUAGACACAUUUUGCACAAUACAAAAUAUUAAACUAGAAACAGAUACAGAGGACGCAACAAACACACUACAAUUCACAUGGACUCGAAAUGAAUCUAAAUCAAGAAUAGACCAAAUCUGGCUAUCGCCCAAAACAGCUGAUAUACUAAUUGAUGCAGAUAUUAUAGACACCGAAGAAGAAAUUGCAACAGACCACCACUGUGCCAGAGCAAUAUUACUUGAUACAUUUCGUAAACCACUUCCUUCAAACAUAUAUAAACAAAAAACUCAAUAUAGAUACAAUCUUAAUACGACUCAAAAAGAAAAUUGGGACAAAUUCGCUAAAGAAUUUCUAAUAAAACAAUCACAGCAACAAAUUCUACACAUACUCAAUGGCAACAAAUCAAAUCCAAUAUAA